AUGAGUUCUGAACCUUACGGCGAUAAGAGUAGACUAAUUAUCAAGAACAUUCCAAACAGUUUGGAUAACAAAUCACUUGAUAAGUUGAUCACUAAGAAAUGUAAAGAUCUCGGAGUUACUAAAUCUGAUAUUCGACUCCUAACUAAGGAGAAAAAGGUUAAUAAUGAGUUAAAACGUAUUUCCAGAGGCAUUUGCUACGUAGGUUUUCUCUCAGAAAACGAUGCCACAAAGUUUCUUAACCAUUAUAAUAAUUCUUACUUUAACUCAUGCAAAGUUACAAUUGAAUAUUCCAAACGAGCCAAUACUAACUCCAAUAAUUCUUUGAACUGUAUUAAUGGCAUAACUAAUGGUAUUAAUGGCAUAAAGGGUGGAAGUGUGGGAGAAUACGGAAGAGAAGAUGAAGAUGUGAAAGUGAUCACUGAAGUGAAACCAGUAAAGGCUGGAAUUUCUUCUAAACGUGUUCAUAUCACUUUUAAUAAUUCAGAUUCAGAUGAUGAAUCACAGAUUGCCGAUAAUGAACCAGAUGCAGAUCCUGCACAUGCUAUUGAAGAGGAUUCUAGUGGAAUAGGUUUCAAAACUGAAAAUUUCUCCACUGACUCAAGUAAUAUAGAUAUGAAUAGAGUUGUGAUAUUUAAUUUACCUUAUAACGUUACUGAGGAGAUGAUUAGAAAGUUGGUCAAGCCCUUUGGGAAGGUUGAGCAGAUCCAUAUCCCACUCAACAAGAGGAACAUAUCCGAGAUAACGACGGGAAACAAUGUAUCUGAAAGCGCAAUAACACGCGGAAUGUGUUUUGUAACCUUUUGUUUCGAGUCCGAUGCCCUGAAAUUCAUUGAAGAAAAAAACAACUCAAUUUUCUCAGGCAGAAUCAUCACAAUUUCACACGCCAAGUCAAAUAAUCUAAAGUUUUUUCAAAAGUAUAUUCCAAAGGGGAAAAAGUAUAGGAAUAAGGAUACAGAUGAGACAAGUUACUCGGAAUUUAAAGCUAAAAAGAAGAGGAGCGAAAUUGAAAAUAGGACGAUUUGGAACAUUCUACACAUUGACAUAAAUUCAGCAAUCAAGUCAAUCGCAUCAGAUCUCAGAAUAAGCCCAGAGGAAAUUUUAAAGGGCGAACAGGCAGGCGUAAAUGCGGCAAUUUCAGAAUCAUUUAUCCUGAACAAAGUUAAAAAAUGGCUUUCAGACCAAGGCAUAAACUCCGAAGUUACAAACUAUAAUGAAGAAGAUUUAUACGAAGAUGUGUUAUUAAUUAAGAACUUACCUCAUGAUACAGAGGAUCGGGAACUAAUUCGUCUGUUUAGUUCCUGCGGGAAAAUUAUUAAAUUCACCACUUCGCCUUUUAAAUUACUUGGACUAGUCCAGUUCAGCUCUAAAACUGAAUCUGAAAAGGCUUUCAGAACACUUUCAUAUAAAAUGUUCCAAAACUUACCAUUAUAUUUACAAAAAGUUCCAAAAUCUCUCUUACCUAAUCUCAAUACUGUAAAUUCUGAUCAUACUGAUGACAGUAUUAAUGAAUUGAAUGAUAAAGUUGAUGAUACUGACAGUGAUGAUCAACUUGAUGACAAGAUUGAAUCGGAUGAUAGAAUUGAGAAUAGAAUAGGCCAUGUAAGUGUGUAUGUGAGUAAUAUAGAUGGAAAUGUGAGUGAGGAAGAAUUUGAAAAGCAUUUCUCAAGUUUGAAAGGGUUUGUAAUUUCAAAAAUAAUAAAGCCACAUGGGUCGAAAUUAGAAGAGAAGGGAGGAGUUCGGUAUGGAUUUAUCGAAUUUGACAAUGUAAAUAACGCUAAAGAAGCUAUCAAAAGACUUUGUGGCACAGUAAUUGGAAGUAAAAUAAUAACCUUAGAACUAUCCAAGAAUAAGCAAACGAUUUCAAAGUACGAUAGAAAUAAGGAAGAAGGCCCAAAGGAGGAAAAUGACGUAAUAAUUGUAAAGAAUUUACCAUUCCAAGCCACUAAGAAGGAGCUUCUGGAACUGUUUAAGUAUUACGCCAAUGUUAAGACCGUUAGAAUCCCCAAAUCAGCUGGAAACACACACAGAGGGUUCGGAUUUGUCGUUUUCAUGUCCAAAAACGACGCCAAACUGGCAAUGGAAAAUUUAAAAAAUGUUCACCUCUACGGGAGAAGAUUAGUUCUACAAUACGUAGAAAAUUCUAAUCAAUAA